AAACUCGGUCGGCGGCGAAACUACACUCGUACCAAAUCGUGUCAAAGAUUUUUCCAGUAAGAACGAGCAUCGUGACGUGAUCUACAUAUAAAACCGUGUUGUAAAUCGAUCGUGUGUCUCGAGUCUCCUAGCGUCGAGCGACUAUUUCCUCAGCUCAGACACAUCGAAUCGGAAGUUCCGAGUAUUCGUCACGGUGUGUGACGUCACCGACAAUUCCGAGGGAUGGCUCGUGCUUUUCAGCAUCGCGACGCAUCACCUCUCCUCCCCUUUUUCUUUUCGUAAAAUCUCCGUAAGAGCGUAAGCUAAAAUUCCUUGCUACUCGAUAAACGACGACAUGAUCGAGGGACCGCGAACGUGUUCGUCUACGUAACACUGACGUUUUCUAGUGAAAUCGUGUACACAUUUACUUUGGACGAAUUAAUCAAGUGAAAACCCCUAUCUACUUGUGUAAGAGGCAUACAGCCCGAAAAGGUUUCUAUAGAAGAAAGUCGAAAAGAGAGAAAAGAGAGAGAGAGAGAUUGUGAGACUGGUGACCCGGGUGCAAUGUCGUAUCACCGUGGGGGCCAGGCGGGCGCCGUAGCAGUGUCGUACAGUACCAGUCCAAUGGCGCCGCAUUCUCCUAGCAGACGAUGUUCCAGCGGUAACAGCGGCAACACCAGUUCCUCUAUCGGCAACUCUACCUCGAAGCUGAGCACCUACCGAUCUACUGCUUCGUCGUCGAUCCUAGAUCGACCGACGAACUUCUACUCGUCCUCGUCGACAUCAGGCAGCUCGGGCUUUCGUUCAAACUAUACAACCGAGUACAGGCGAUCCUACUGCCCAUCAGGCAGUUUCUACUCGUCGGCGAACACGAGCAUCCGCAGGAGUUACAUGUCGGAGUACAGCCGGUCUCGCAACUCACCCACAAGGUCAGUUUCGUCGUCGACGUACAACAGCACGGGCAGCAGCGGUGGCACGGCCACGAAUGUGACGACAAACGGCACCAGCGGCAGCAGAUUCGGCUUGUCUACGUCGUCGUCCUCGUCGAACAUCUCUGUCGGAAGUUCAUCCAGGGAUAGAGGGAUUCCGGAGUCGAGGCUAGAAAUAGCGGCAGAUCUGAUCAGGUACUCGCCGUCCGGUUACAUACCGAAUAUCCGUCAAACGAGCAGCACCAGCAGCACUAGUGGAGCCCAUCAUCAUCAUCAUCAUCAUCAUCAUCAUCAUCAGUGGAAGCAUCAUUCAGCCGGUUCCUCGUUGACGGAAUUGUUCGGUGGCGACGAUCGUGAUAUAGCCAUCGAACGUAGUACCGGCAGAGAUCAUCGUCCUGAGUCGUCGCUCUCCUCGUCCUCCUCGUCGUCUUCCUGCGCCGUUGGUGGCGCACUUUGGUCCAGGUCAAAGAGAAGGCCACUGUCCAGCAGCACGGUGCUCAGCAGCGGGCAUGCACGCGCAGAUAGUGCCGCGUCGCCAGGCGAGGUAACGAUUGACGAGCGCGGCACGAUCCGCGACCUAGACGAGGACGACGACGAUGACGACGAUAACGACGACAAGGACAAUAACACCGAUGACGAUCAGCAUAACAACAACAGCAGUAAUGGGAAUAUCAGCAGCGGCGGUGGGGACGCCUGUGAUUCCGGUCAAUAUGGGAUAAUAAACAACAACGACCGCGAGCACGAACUCGAUCACGACCCCGACCACGACCACGACCCUGACGACGACCACGACAAGGACGAUGACGACGAGGACGACGAAGACAACAAGCUGAACAACCGGCAUCAUCGGCAACAACAGCAGCAACGCGGUGCUGCCUAUCGGAUUGACGAGGUUUCACCAGCUAAGCGUAACCUCUUGUCGCCUGUGCUCGGUGGCGGUGCUGGCGUUGCUGGUUUGAUCGGUGUUAAGCUCAACUUGUUCACUAACCUAGCCACUAAUCCGAGUAACGGCGGGCUGCUGAUUAACAACAACGCUCGGAAGAAUAUCCAAGGGGCAAAGGAAGAGGAGCAGGACAUCGAUAUCGAGGACGAGACUGCUAGAAGCGGUGGUGAGGUAAUACACGGCAUCAAGGACGUCGUCAACUCCAUCGACGUGAUUGCCUUCCUCCGUGGUGGUCGCACUGGAGAUCCGGAGAGUCUCGAGGACAGUGAGCAGCAACGGAAAACGUCUACUUCGUACGGUAUCGAUCAGACCGGGUUCGUAGGCGGCAGCACGCCGCCCAUCUUGCAAAACGGCGUGGCGGGAAGACCGUCCGGUACCUAUGGAGACGACCCAUCUGUGCCUUCCACGUCUAGGAGACCGGAUGGUCACCUCUCGGGGACAACCGCGAACACUGCCAGUAAUCUGACCUCCUCCUCGUCGCCCACUGCACCGUCCACGGCUCACCAAAAUCUCUACCGCGGGGUCGCCGACCAGUUUGAAGGAAGCCCGACAAACAAAUCAGCACGUAAUCGGCUACAAGCGCAUCGCGAUGAGCGAUGUGGACUAAACGGGUUGCGAAAUAUUGGAAACACAUGUUUUAUGAACAGUGUAAUCCAAUGUUUGAGCAACACGAGACCGUUACUGGAAUAUUUGCUGAACGAACAGUACCUGGCGGACAUAAACACCUCCACAAGCAGUAUGAAAGGGGCUCUUAUCAAGGCCUUCAGUCAGGUGAUUCACGAGCUGUGGGAGGUGGGCGGUGAUCUCGUGGUUAACACGACGGCGCUUAAAUCCCAGAUACAAAGAUUCGCACCACGUUUCAUGGGGUACAGCCAACAAGAUGCUCAAGAAUUUCUCAGAUACUUGCUGGAAGGACUACAUGAAGACGUGAAUAGGGUGACGGUGAAGCCGCAACCGAUACACACGGAUAUUCCUGAAAUGUACACCGACAGUCAGAAGGCAGUAGAGAGCUGGAAACGCUACCUGCGCAGCGAAGAUAGUAUGAUAGUGGACGUGUUCGUGGGCCAAUUACGUUCGUCGUUGCACUGCACUUCUUGCGACCACGUGUCGGUUACAUUGGAUCCUUUCUGGGAUCUAAGCUUGCCAAUACCAGCUAGAAGUGGUACAGUGAAGUUGAGUCAAUGUUUGGAACACUUCACGCGAGAAGAGGUGCUCGACGGUGAUGAAAAACCGACUUGCUCCAAGUGUCAGAUGAGGAGAAAGUGCACGAAAAGUUUCAGCAUACAGAAGUUCCCGAAGAUUCUUGUUAUUCAUUUGAAACGUUUUUCACCGAUGGAACGAUUCCGCAGCAAGUUAAACGUGAUGGUAGAUUUUCCAUUGACAGGUUUGGAUCUCAGUGCCUUUGCCGCGCCCAGAGUUCCGGGUUGUACGUACAAUUUGUACGGUGUCGCGAAUCACUCGGGCACAACGCACUCCGGCCAUUACACGGCGUAUUGUAAGCAUCCAUACUCGGGGGAGUGGCAUGAGUAUAAUGACAGCCGUGUGUCCGUCGUUCCAGCGCGAUCGGUCGUUUCCAACGAAGCCUACGUACUGUUCUACGAGCAACAGCCUCACAGUUCUCACUUGUAACCUUACGCCAUGCCUAGAGUAUAAAAAAGACGACCAUCUUGCCUCUCAAUACCUCAGUCCAGCAUAUAGUAUAAAAAAUGAAAACAGACAAAGAGAAAAGGAAAGGAAUUAAUAUACUUUAUCGCGUGGUAUUGAAAAGCGACUAAACAUUGAACGAUGAGAAACGCUGAGGUCGUUUUUAUUGAACAUAAAAAGCGGAUCGUGUGUGUAUUGUGUGACUAUUGGCGAUAAUCAUGUUCCAUUAUAGCCAAAUUUUUGUUUUUCUUCGUGGUUAGAGAUAUUCCACCGUGUUCCAGUCAUUUUUAUUUCGGCUUCUUCAGAAACCAGAUGCUUUCGUGCAUUUUUCAAAGAAUCGUUGUGAAUAAUUCUCUAAAGAUUAAAAAGAUGCUUAGUAUGAACAAACAUUUUUGGAAGUUAAAGUUACAAACAGGAGGUCUCACCAGGAUUCUCGAACCAUCGUCUUCUCUUUCGAAUCUUCAUCGUUUCUCUUUAUCUUUGACCUUUUUCUCUUCUAGUUCUUCUUUAUAUAGUUUUUUUUUUUAUAUUAGUUCUUUUUUUAUAUGAAGUGAAUGUAUCAUGUGUUUCAAGAACGAGAUUUGCCAGACGAGUUUAAUAGAAGUAUAAUAUAUAAAUUCAUAACAUUUGGUAUUUGAAGAAAAACGAAGAGAAAAUCAUGACUUCGCCAAAAAUCACGUAUACGGAAUAAAAAAAAGCGCUUCGGAUGUCUAGUUACUUUUGAAUAGACGAUAUAGUAAAAUACAUACAUCUAUCCUCACUCUUCACUGAACACCUGGCAAUCUACAACUAUUUACUUUUGUAAAAUAUUUUGUUUAAUAAUAUCACGCAGUCAAGAGUUAUUUAUUUAAUUUAUGGAAAGAAAAAACUGAUAAAAUAUUAAUAUAUUCGAUAUUGACGAAUAUAAUAUAUAUAUAUAUAAAUAUAUAUUAUUAUAUACGUAUUACAUACCAAUAAAAAAUAUAACAUUAAGGGAAAAAAUGAACAUAUGAAAUAGUUUUUCUUGUAUUGUACUACGAUUUCCUCUGAAAAAAAGAAUAUGAUAAUAGCUCAACUAUGUCCAGGUAAUCGGAAGGAAAGACCUUAAAUUAACGAUUCUGAAAAAAAAAGUCAUCUAAAAAUUAUGCAUUUUUUUGAUUCUAAAAUCGCGUUUAACUUUUUAAAAAAUUGUGACAUCGUAUUUGGUGAGGACUAUUGACUUUUGGAAAUUACGAAUCGGUUUUGAAUAAUAUUGCUUCAUUAAAUAAAUUCUUCAAAAAAAAAAAAAAAAAAAAAAA